UUCUUCUUCCGUCGUGGCGUCGUUUCACGCGCACUCAAUCAGGCCGGGACUGGUGCAAUUUGAUAUCGAUGCUACAUAUUUGCAUUAGUCCGGACCUAGUUGAGUAAGCUUCGUCCAAUUCCAUUUCCGACGGGUUCAGAUCCAAUCGAGAUUUCCUGUGGGAACCGAAGACGAAAUUUUCGACGAAGACACGUAACCGCCGUGACGUAAUCGCGUAAAAAUGCUACGAAGAAAUUUACGCUAUCCCCGAGAAAAAUGACAAAAGAGAAAUAAUGCGUGUCCCGUUGGUCACUAAAUUAUUCUAACGUGAGAAUAACGGAGAGCAGAGGCACGCGCGAUCCCUGCGACACGCACUGCACGAAUGAUGGAGCCAGCCGAAUGAUGGUGACCGAACCGGGGGCCCUUUGUUUCCUCGAACACUUCGUGGAAUUCUUCGAAGGUCAACUGGUGUGUUGGGUUUCAAAGACCGACAAUUUCUGGGAAGCGGAAACUAAAGGGAACCGAUUUCGGGGAUCGCAGCGUCCUCGUUGAUAGCGAUGGGACUGAUCAGUACCUUCUCACGAUUAUCAAGCAAUUCCAUACUCUGUAACAAUGUCUCUUGAACUAUAUCCGCUAACAGAACAUGGUCGAACGACAGCAGACAAUUGCUCGGCCACGUGAACACCACAAAUUAACAUGCGAGUCACGGAGGCCAAUGACAUCGAGUAACACCAUCUCUCGUUUGUUCCCCUCGUGGCGUUUUAACACCGCCAAACGAGCCUCGUUACUUCCUCGCUGAUCACCGUGCGACCCUUUCUCCGUCGCUCCCCGACGUCGUGGGUUCGCGAACUUCGCCGAGGGACGAGAGCACCGGGUGUUCACCGGAGACUCUUCUUUCGGUUGCUGGGUGGGAGGAAGACGAUCCACGGGCACGGAUCGAGUAUAUAAGCACGGUUGCUCCGACCUGAAUCUGCACAGACCAAUUAUUGCCAUCGUUUGGCGAUAGAUCGUCCCGCUGUGCGACGAGUUAGCAUCGGGGAGGCUCGUUCUCAGACACACCGAAUUUCUUCACCGGCGAGAUGAGAUCGCUCGCUGUGGUACUGCUGGCGGUCGCUGGCACGUGUUACGCGGCCCGACUGGACAACACUUACCUGCCUCCCGGUAAUGCGGGCAGCGCAGGCGGCGCAGGAUUGAUUCAAGCUCCUAAUCGAGGAGGAGGUGGUCCCGGAGGCCGAGGACCAGGAGGGCCUGGAGGGCCUGGAGGUCCUGGAGGUCCUGGAAGACCAGGAGGAUCAGGUGGACCAGGUAGUUACGGCGGAGGAGGAGGAGGAUUUGGCCCUGGAGGCGGCGGUGGAUUUGGUCCUGGAGGCGGCGGAGGUGGCGGUGGAUUUGGUCCUGGAGGCGGCGGAGGUGGCGGUGGAUUUGGUCCUGGAGGUGGCGGUGGAUUCGGUCCUGGAGGCGGCGGAGGUGGAUUCGGUGGACCAGGCGGCGGUGGUGGUGGCGGUGGACCAAGGGGAGGACCUGGUGGCGGUCAGGAGAUACCCAUCGUUUCGUACAACAACGAGAACGGCGGCGACGGCAACUACCAAUUCAGCUACGAAACAGGAAAUGGUAUCAGUGCGCAGGAAACGGGUCAUCAGCAAGGUAACGGAGAAGCGGUGAGCGGGUCAUACUCGUACACGGGUCCCGAUGGCGUGCAAUACAGCGUCACUUACACCGCGGACGAGGAAGGUUUCCAUCCCCAAGGUGCUCAUCUUCCGACUCCGCCCCCGAUCCCACCAGAAAUCCAACGAGGUGUCGAGUUAGCGCUCGCUGCUGAGGCCAGAGGCGAGAAUCAAGAUACAUCUGGAGGCGGUGGUGGCAACGGCGGCGGCGGCAGUGGUGGUGGUGGUGGUGCUGGUGGUGGUCGUGGUGGAGGAGGUGGAUACUCUCAAGGAGGUGGCUACGGAAAUAGCGGUGGAAGUGGAGGCGGAGGCGGUGGCGGUGCUGGACGAGGAGGCGGCGGCGGCGGUGGGUCUUAUCAAGGUCCAAAUUCAUACCAAUCAAGUUCGGGCGGAUACCGUUACUAAACGACACCAUAAAAAAAAGUCAUUGCGUGUUACACGAUCAAUUUUGUUCCAUGAUAAUAAUCAUAUUUAAUGGCGGCCUU